CGUUUCGGUUCUAGUGGCGGAAAUCGGGAUUACAAACACAAAAUUUAAUGGCGAACCCUUUGUAUAAAAUUUUUACGUGGAUGAUUUAAUGUUGUGAUAAUUUUUUUUUGCGGAAAAUAUUAUUUUCAAACUGUCACCAAUGGAUAAAGGGAGAAUACCCCGCACUGCACGGGUUAGAGACAGAGAGGAGAAAUAUCAGUAUGAUUUGAAUAAGUGUUACAUGUACUACUUUGACUUGAACAACAAUUCGGCAAAUUACACACCACCGGAAACCACUGCGCCACCAGAAGUAAAAACGCCAAUUUCUCCUCACAUUACUGGCUCAGAUAUCUUGAGUAAAUAUUUGAUCUAUAUAAUAGCGGCCGUUGUGGCAUUCGUGAUAAUAGCCUUAUUUGUGAUCUGCUGCUGUAUCCGACAAUGUUCAGCUGCAAAGAAAGAAAGAAGAAAAAGGAAAGAAAUUGAGGGUGAAUACAAGAUAGUUGCAAGUACUUUAACAAAUAUAACGGAUUCUGAGGACGGGUGCACUUAUGAGACAUUAAGCAUGAGAGAUCCAACGUAUAAUGGAGGCGUACAACUACCAACACGUAAGCAUCAGAAAGGGAAAAUAAAAGGGGUCUCCAAUCCUUUCUCGGUCAUGAAGCGCCUCCUGAGUGAGGACGGAGAGAGCACCGGAAGUACAGAAACCACCAUUACCUAUACAUCGGACACCAAGCGGUCACAACCACUUCCGGCCAUACCGGAAGCUUUCAAUAACAGAGAUAAUGUGAAGGCUAUAGAUGAAUAUACCGAGAUCGGAUCGGACAGCAUUAGGCGCAAGGAUGAAUAUAAUCACCUGAAUUCACCGACAAAGAAUGAUGGGUUUUAUGAUGGUAAUCCGUACGACACGUUAAGUGAGAAUCACACUCUGAGCUCUGGACUCAAAGAAAAGAAAACGGACGAUUAUUUUGUUCUGGAGAAGGACAAAUUAGGCAAGGAAAAAGGAAAAGAAAGUCCCCAAAGACAAAGUGGUGGGUACUUCUUGUUGGAAAAAGUAAACAGAGUCGAUUCAGAAAAGGGGUUGUGUAAAAGUAGUUCUCAAGGAGUUAUAAUUCCAUCGGAAUCUGUACGUGCGCUAGAAAACUGCUUGUCUGCUAAAUAUAGUGAUCAAAAUAUUGCUAAACAACAAAUAACCAGUAACCAAGAACUUGUUAAUGGUAAUUCAAAUUUAGAUUCAAACAUAAAUAAACAGGGAAGUCAAAAUCAGAACAGAGUAAGCAAUGCUUAUUUUACUCUUGCAAAAGGAAAUGAAUCGAACACAGCGGAACCACCUCCCCUUCAAAAUGAAUAUCUAGACCUUGAACAACCAUCUGGCAUUUCUAAUCGAACAUCAUAUUUAGAACCGUCUGAAGUCCAAAGACACAGCUAUGUGGAUGUAGUGGCCGACUUCUCUCAAAGGAAAAAUAAAAAGGAAGGUACAAUACCAGCCUACGCAGUGGUGAAAAAGUGAGCCUUUGUCAAAAGUCCAUGUACUUGUAUAUGAAAACCACUGCUGUUUUCUGAUACAUGUAAUACACGAGUUAAGAUUAUCAGAGGAAAACGGCCCUUGAUGAAAGCGAUCCACGAUAGAGGAAACAAAGACCUAUUUUGUGUCGACAGUGUGUUGUAUACUUUGACUUUUAAGAGAGCAGCUUUUUAUUCGUGUAAUUAUGCACAAAAUUCUUUGUUUAGUGAGAGGUAUGCCAAGCAUUUUAUUCCUUCACUGCAAGAUACCAAAAUUAAUAUAAGUUUGUGGUUUAAUUUACAUUCUUUCAAAGAGGGAGGAAGAUUUUGAUGCAGUGCUAUUUAGUAUUUUUAGAAUAACUACUAAACUUAGAAAUACUAUUUUGUGUGUGUAUAAAGUGAGUUCAUAAGGCAUGCAUAUUCCAAAUUCAUAAAUAAAAUGAGUUUAAAGUUCGUA